GCACACGCCAUAGCCAUACACCACACAGUAUCUACCGGCCAGCGGCGGCACCAGUUGCCAACUCGCCAGUCCCCACUCGCCAGCAGACAACGCUCAUCGUCUGCCGUGCUCCAGAGUGUGCAGUGUUCCCGGCAGCAACUACAUAACUAUUUGAGGAAACAAAUUGUACUCGGCAAUCAGCAUGAAGUGUGGUGUGGUGGCUAUGGUGGCGCUGCUGGCGCUGGCAGGCUGCACCGAGGGCGCGCGGCGACGUCACCGGCGGCCACGGACCACCACUACGGAGCCCCCGAUGCUGGCGGCAGCCCGUCUGUUCCCCGGACACCACGAGCCCGGCGCUGCGCCCCAAUCGCCGUCCACCCUCCACCACGAGGACGAGGAGGCCGAGAGGCUGGAGCUCGCGGCCGCCGAGAAACUUGACGAAAAGCGCUACCAGCAAGCGGAAAUGGCCCGAGCGAAUGCCCUGCUCAAUGAGGUGUCCGGCGAAGAUGGUGAAAACGAAGUGCUAAUGGACGAUCCUUGCCUGAAAGUACACUGCAGCGCCGGCCGCGUGUGCGAGAUCGACGAUCACGGAGAGGCUGUCUGCAACUGCAUCAAGGAGUGUCCCUUCGAGACGGACUCCCGAAGAAAGGUCUGCACGCAGAGCAACGAGACGUGGACUUCUGACUGCGAGGUGUACCGGCAGCGGUGCUUGUGCCUGGACAACUCUGAGCUGUGUCGGGGGCCUGAAUACCAUCAUGUACAGAUCGAGUACUACGGCGAGUGUCGCGAGAUGCCGGAGUGCAGUGAAAACGAGAUGCUGGACUUCCCGCGACGAAUGCGCGAUUGGCUGUUCAACAUCAUGCGAGACUUGGCGGAGCGCAGCGAGCUGACGCCGCACUACCUGAGCAUGGAGCGGGAAGCCGAGACAAAUCUGACGCGCCGGUGGACCAACGCGGCCAUCUGGAAGUGGUGCGACCUCGACGCGCACGACAACGAUAGGUUCGUGUCGCGACAUGAGCUGUUCCCCAUCCGGGCGCCGCUCAUGUCCCUGGAGCACUGCAUCGCGCCCUUCCUGGACCGCUGCGAUGAAGACGACGACCACCGCAUCACGCUCGCCGAGUGGGGCAAGUGUCUGCAGCUCGACGAGUUCGAGAUGGAGGACCGCUGUGACGAGCUAACUGAGGACGCCGUGUAGACCUGCCGCCAGGACCCCUACUCUUUAUCUCUCUCUAGUAUGGUCCAUUUCGUCAACACUGAUUGUCGUCAUUAACGCACACUCUCUUAUAUAUACUCUCCCAUGCAGGUAUUAUUACUUCCAGUAAUAUAAUAAAACCUAUUAUUACUUGCGUUCAUAUUUCCCUGGUCGGUGCAGUACGAAUGUAAAUGUUAAUGACCAGUACUUCCAUGGCAGUGCUGUCCCGUUAUGAGUGUGUGUGCGUGACUUAAUUAUAAUAAAUAGAAUAAAUAAAGUCUUAAAUAUUAAUUAAUUAAGAAUAUUUAACGUGCCAAAUCAUUUAAAAAGAAAUAGAGAAAUGAUUUUUUAACACCUCAGUAUAUGUAGCUAUUAUUUUUUAUUAAUAUUUUAAUGUUUUUGUAACCCUAACUAUAGCUUGAUACAAGUAUUGGUACUCAACAGAAAACUGCUGUGAUUUUCAAAGCAGGCACUUUUAAUUAUCUGUCAGUUGUAUUUCUCAAAUAAACAAAUAAGUAACAA